CCUGGUUCCGGCGUGCGUAGCUCUCCGGCGAUUUCAGUGUGGGAAGCUCUCCGGCGAUUUGUAUUUAGAGCUGGUGGUAGAGGAUUUGCGAAGCCUAGAGAGAGAAUAUCUGCUGCUAUUUUCAAAUGGAGCGAGGUCGAGAUGCUCUGUGUGUUCCUCCACUGCGGUCUAUGGUUGAUCCUCUGGUUGCUAGGUGCCUUUACUCUGGCAAAGGUUAUAUGAUUCCUUUGAAUCAAUGCAUGAGCUACUCUGAGUUGUAUGAAGACAUUUUCCGUACAUUCCAGUUUUUGCCAAGUGAUAUUAUUGAGCUUCAGUAUUCAGUUCCAGGUUGUGAAGUUUGUUUUCUUCGUAACGAUCGUGAUUUCCAGAUGCUGUUUUGCUCUGCUAGAAUACAUAGGUUAGAGUGUGUCGAUAUUUCAGUUUUAAAGAUUGGGGGAGGUUGUAGGAGAACUUGUUCUGUGGAUAGUGGGUCGGAAGUGAUUGAUGAAGAUGAUUAUUUGGGUGAUGCAUUCAGGACUGAAGUUCACAAGACGUAUUUGUCUGAUGAGUGGAGUUCUUAUAUUCAUCAUGUCGGGGAUAAGUUUCAUGGUGCCGCUGAGCUCCGUGAGAAGCUCAGGAAGUAUGCAAUUGCAGUUGGUUUCGAGUUUGUUUUGCUGAGAAAUGAUUUGGACCGUAUUCAUGCAGUCUGUGCAAAUGUUGGAACCGAAGGAUGUGAUUGGCAUCUUCGUGCUUUUUCAUCAUCUGCCAAUGGUUGCCUUUACAUAACAGAGUUGAAUAAUAUUCACACUUGCAAGGGUGUAGUUAGGACUCAAAAGCACAAGCUUUUGGGAUCCAAGGUUGUCAAGACUUGCAUUGUUGCUGAUGUUAGCUAUAAUCUUUCAUUGACGCCAAGGGAAAUUAUGAGCAAGUUCAAAUCAACUUAUGGGUUUGAUAUUUCCUACAAGGUUGCCUUGAAAGCAAAGCAUUGGGCUAAGGAAGCGAUUUAUGGUUCCGAUGCAGACACGUUUAGCAAGUUAUCUUGGUAUAAGGAAGCUGUUUUGCAGAGUAAUCCCGGCUCUUCUUUUGUGUUGGAAGUUGAACCAUCGACAAAUCGUUUUCAGAGGCUUUUCGUAGCUUAUGGAGGUUGUGUAGAAGGGUUUCAAUUCUGUUUGCCUGUGUUGUAUGUUGAUGGAACGUUUGGUAAGAGCAUUUACAAGGGGCAGAUUCUGUCUGCAACUGGAAGGAAUGGGAAUCAAGGUUUCUACCCUCUAGCCAUAUGUUUUUGUGAUUCUGAGACAGAUGCAAACUGGACAUUCUUUUUCAAGCAUUUGAAGAGUCUGCUUGAACCUCAAGGAAGAGUUAUCACAUUUAUUAGUGAUCGGGGUGUUGGAUUGUUGAGUGCUUUCGAUAAGGUAUUUGCUGGUAAUCCUCAUCUGUUUUGUUACAAGCACUUGGUGGCGAACCUUGCCGGUAAAUAUAGGGGUAAAGGUAAUUCAAAAUUGAUUGAAGAUGUUAAGCAGAAAGCAGUUGGUGGUGCCGAUAUUAUUGACCCUUUUCUUGCUGAAUUGCCUGUGGAAAAUUGGUGCCGUGCAUUUUAUACUAGUUGCCGAUAUGGAAUUAUGGCUAAUGGGAUUGCUGAAUCAUUUAACUCUUGGAUUGCAAUUGAGCGUUUGAUGCCAGUCUAUUGUAUGCUGGACCAUACAAGAAUUAAACAAAUGGAGAUGGCCGGUAAGAGGAGGGAAGAGGCAGAACGUUGGACCACAGAACUAACUCCCAAAAUGGAGGAAAGAUUGAAGGAGCAAAUGGAGAAAUCUCGUCGUUUCAGUGUCCAUUAUUCUAGCCCUGGAGUUUAUGAGGUUCGAUCUGACUUUUCAUAUGUAGUCAACAUCUCCGAUCAUUCAUGUUCAUGUGUGAAAUGGCAGAUUAAUUGUUUUCCUUGUCCUCACGGCCUUGCUGCAUUACAGGCUGCUUCUGUAAAUGUAUAUGAUUAUAUUGAUAAGUACUUUCAGGUUGAUAUGUUCAAGAAGAGCUACAGUUUUCCUAUCUGUCCGAUAACCAAUGUUGAUAUGUCUUCUUCAGAAUCUGCUUCUGAAUGUAUAUUACCUCCCCUUUCGAAGAGGCCCCCCGGGAGGCCUAGGGUGAAGCGGUUCAAGUCGGUUGGAGAGGCUGAAAAGAAGAUGAUUCGUUGUGGUCGUUGUGGCAAAAUGGGCACUCAUAACAAGUUGAGCUGCACUGAACCUCUCGUUCAGUAG